AUGGAGGCUCUCUUGCAGCAGUCCCGUUCUAUGUGCCCCUUCCUCAAGCGCACCUCCCCCACCACCCUCCGCACCCUGUCCACCGCGACCCGCCCCAACACCAGCCCCGGAGGUGGAACCAUGUCCAAUUUGCAGGUCCUCGCUCGCCGCUGCCCCGUCAUGAACAAGGCUCUGGCGGUGCAGAGUGCCCGCCUCAGCGGCACCAAGCGCUUCACUUCGCGCGCCGCUGGAGUGGCCGCAUUCCAGCCCAUGCGGACCCCCGCUGACCGGCGGGACCUGCACAGUUCCAACGGGAACCCCGCCAGUCUCGCUUCUGGGGGAUACCAGAAGACCGAGCGAGGAGAUCACCACCUGGCCAAUCCGCUUCGCUCGUCGCCUGCCGCUGCCGAGGCCGCUCUCCGGGGUCCCCCUGGAGCCCCCCACUGCAAGCCCUACGACUACAAUGGCUUCUACGAUGCCGAGCUGGCGAAGAAGCGCAAGGACAAGUCCUACCGCUAUUUCAACAACAUCAACCGUCUCGCUAAGGAGUUCCCCCGCGCCCACACUGCCUCUGCCGAGGAGCGGGUGACUGUCUGGUGCUCCAAUGACUACCUUGGUAUGGGACGCAACCAGCAGGUCUUGGAUACAAUGCACCAGACCCUGGAUAACUACGGUGCUGGUGCGGGUGGUACCCGUAACAUCUCGGGCCACAACCAGCAUGCCGUCACAUUGGAGAAGACCCUCGCCAAGUUGCACGGCAAGGAGGCUGCUCUGGUCUUCAGCUCAUGCUACGUGGCUAAUGAUGCCACUUUGGCCACUCUCGGCAGUAAGAUGCCUGACUGUGUCAUCCUCUCGGAUAGUCUGAACCAUGCCUCCAUGAUCCAGGGUAUUCGUCACUCCGGUGCGAAGAAGAUGGUCUUCAAGCACAAUGAUCUGGAAGACCUCGAAACCAAGCUGGCAUCUCUGCCCCUCAGCACCCCCAAGAUCAUUGCCUUUGAGUCCGUCUACAGCAUGUGCGGAUCAAUUGCUCCCAUCGAGAAGAUCCAGGACCUCGCCGAUAAGUACGGCGCCAUCACCUUCCUGGACGAAGUCCACGCCGUGGGCAUGUACGGUCCCCACGGAGCCGGUGUCGCCGAGCACCUCGAUUACGACAAGUGGGCAUCCCAGGACUCCGCCACCCCCCAGAACACCAAGGGCACAGUCCAGGACCGCGUCGACAUCAUCACCGGUACCCUCGGCAAGGCCUACGGCAGCGUCGGUGGCUACAUCGCCGGCUCCGCCGCCAUGGUCGACACCAUCCGCUCUCUCGCACCCGGCUUCAUCUUCACCACCUCCCUCCCACCCGCCACCAUGGCCGGAGCCAACACCGCCAUCCAAUACCUCGCCGAGGAACCCCGCGAACGGACCCUCCAGCAACUGCACACCCGUGCCGUGAAGAAGGCCUUCAACGACCUCGACAUCCCCGUCAUCCCCAACCCCUCCCACAUCGUCCCCCUCCUAGUCGGCGACGCCGAACUAGCCAAGAAAGCCUCCGACAAGCUCCUCGAAGAGCACGGCAUCUACGUUCAGGCAAUCAACUACCCCACCGUCCCCCGCGGCGAGGAACGUCUCCGCAUCACCCCAACCCCAGGCCACGUCAAGCCCCUGCGCGAUCAUCUCGUCCAAGCCGUCCAAGCCGUCUGGAUCGAUCUCGGUCUCAAGCGCACCAGCGACUGGAAGAGCCAGGGUGGUUUCGUCGGUGUCGGCGUCGAUGGCGCCGAAGCCGCUAACCUGCCUAUCUGGGAAGAUGCCCAGCUGGGUCUGCAGGCUGGCGAGACUCUGGAGGCUGCUGUUGCUCGGGAGUUUGAGGUCGCGGCUUCGGCUCCGGCUCCGGUCUUGAAGACUGCUACUCCUUUGACUGAGAAGGCUUACUCUGAUGCCCCUGCUGGCGUUGCUGUUUAA